AUGUCGCCCUCGCACCCGCACCCGCGCCGGACUCCUACAAAGGCCACUUCUCCUGCUCUGACUCCUUCGCCUUCGCCUUCGUCGCCUUCAUCUUCUCCUGCUCCCGCCAUGUCCCUCCGCAAAGCUGCCACCUUCCACUACCCAACCGACUCUUCAAGUUAUCACUCCCUCCCCGCCCUUCCUCGCCGCUCCCAAUCCACCCUCGACGAUGUUGUCGACGCCCACAAGCGUCGCGUUGCCUUGACUCUCGGCGACAUUGAUCGCAGUCUCGCUGCCGUCGACCACCAGCCCUCCUCGUCCACUGCCAGACAGUCCUUCCCCGACGACGCUGACCCCAUCCCUCGCGCCUUCCUCGACCACUCCCUCUCCCUCUCACCCUCUCCCUCUCCCAACCCGUACACCUCCGCCACCAUGGAUGCCCUCAUAAAGCAGGAGCCCGCCGACAGUGGCGCCCGCUCCCUCCGUCCCCGUCGUCGUCGCCGUCCUUCUCGCUGCUCCGACAGCGCCCUCGGCUCCUCCAUCGUGUCGGCGUCGGGCAAGCAGGGCGUGGACAGCGUCCCGACAGCUGAUGACCAGUGUGUUGGCUCCAUCGUCACGGCCUCAGCCAUUACCCGUUCCGCUGCCGCCCAUUCUUCCACCCUGGAGAACCUCCCCCGCCUCAGCUCCCGCGCCAGCAACCGCAUCCACGAGCAUAUUCUGAGGCCCCUCCUCGCCAAGCCUUCUUUGAAGGACUUCCACCCCAUCGUAAAGGACUGCCCCAGAAGGAUCCACGGCAAGGAGAUCGUUUGUCUGCGUGAUCUCGAGAAGACCCUGAUCUUUAUGGCGCCGGUAAGUCAUCUUCCAGAUGUUGAUGUUGAUGUUGUCCGGGGAGUUGCUCACUGGUUCUCGUGUUUGAAGGAGAGGGCCAAGACCGCCGCCUUGUACCUCGAUUUCUGCCUCACGUCCAUCCGGUGCAUCCAAGCGACCGUCGACCUCCUGAGCGAGCGCGAACAGACCCGCCCCCACGACCGUCCCUAUACUAACGCCUAUUUCGUCGAUCUCGUCGACCAGAUCAAGCAGUACGCCCUGCAGGUCCAGGCCGCCAAGGAGAAGGAGGCCAAGGGCGAGAAGCUGGAUGAGAUGGACCCGGAACCGACCGAUGAGGUUCGCCUCCAUGGAGGCCUCACCAAGAAUGGUCGGCCCGCGGAACUGGUCCGCGUGAAGAAGAACGGGAAGGCCAUCUCGAUCGCCACGGGAAUGCCCGUGGACAUCGAGGAGGAGAGUAAAGGGGGCCUGCAGAUGAAGCGAUCCUUGAGCCAGGAAGCAGAGGAUGACGAGGCCAUCAUGCGCUCCAUGGCCCGCCGCAAGCGCUCAGCAUCAGCGGCGGAGCUCGCCCCCAAGCGGUGCCGCGAGCCAGGAUGCGAGAAGGAAUUCAAACGCUCGUGUGACCUGACCAAACACGAGAAGACCCACUCGCGCCCGUGGAAGUGCCCCGUCGAGUCCUGCAAGUACCACGAGUAUGGAUGGCCGACGGAGAAGGAGAUGGAUAGGCAUCACAAUGAUAAGCACUCAGCCGCGCCCGCCCUCUUUGAGUGCCACUUUAAGCCUUGCCCGUACCGAUCCAAGCGUGAGUCCAACUGCAAACAGCACAUGGAGAAGGCCCACGGCUGGGAGUACGUCCGGUCCAAGAGCAAUGGGAAGAACCGGGAGAAGGCCACCCAGAACGGCCUGCCGACCCCGCCCCCCACCAAUAUCCGCACCCCCAGCAGUGAUGGGAAUGUCAUCAGCACCCCGGAAGAGGAGGAGCUGGACCUGCGGAAGGGGUCGGCCACGAUCUACGAUCAUCCCCAGAACCAACUCAACUUCCCCGAAUACAACAGUGAUUCUGACAUUGACAUGUUCACGAAUCACCAGCUGCAGCUCGAUUACUCUCCGCUUCCAGAUGAGUUGCACCAGGGCGCUCCCGACCACUCACCGUACAUCGCCAAUAGCAUGGCGGGGCAAGACCAGUUCGCGGAGGCGUUCCCGGAGUAUCCCACGGACGGGAUCGAUUUUACUCUCUACGAUAAUGAAGAUCUCUACAGCGCCAACGUCCAGUUGCCAACGCCCUCCCACGAGAUCUUCCAGGCCCUCGAGGCUAGUCCAUUUGCCACUUCUGGGAUCCCGUAUGGUACUGAUGCCGCGCCUCACAUCUCGCCCGUUGGUCAUGGGAACACCAUGCUCUAUACGCCGACAUCUCUCCGCGAGGUGGACGAGGGCUUCGAAGACUUUAUCCCCAGCUCACACCCGCUUGGGGUGACCGGGGUGACGGGGAUGGCUGACUUCCAGCUCUUCCCCAGCUCCACUGGCGGCACAGUCGCAAGCUCCGCACCCAGUGGCCUCUUUGGCACAGUACCACCCCCUAUCUCCUUCCCAGACGCCACGGCUCAGGAAUUAUUGGGGUUCUACGCGGCCAGCACCCAGGCAGCAAUCCAGGGACAUCAUAACGGGGGGAUGGAUUGGACGUCGGACGUCCCAUUUUCCGAUUACACUAGCGAAGGGGGUAGAAAUAGUUGGCCUGGUGGAUGCUGA